CAUGAUAAAUGAUUCGUGUAAAUAAAGGUGGAUAGAUAUUGGUGUAAAUGAUGCAUGUGAGAUGUUUAUGAUAAGAAUUUCAGUCUUGUAGAAAGAUUUUUGAUUUUGAUGAAUUAAUAGUUGAAUAAGGCUCUGGCACGAAAUGGGAAUGAUGCGACUAGGAGUAGGUUCAGGUUUCACAUUCACAAUGUUCUUUGCUUUAAUGGGAGCAGGAGUGUGUGCUUAUGGGACGAUAUUCACAAUUUUAACCCUUUUGAGUGAUUGCGACCUAGAACUUCUAUUUUAUGAGAAAUUCGGAAAAUCACCUAGAAGGCUGAAAGGAAAAGUAGUAUUUGUAACUGGCGCUUCCAGUGGCAUUGGCGAAUAUACAGCUUAUGCUCUUGCUAAAGUUGGUGCAAAACUAGUUUUGGCUGCCAGACGAUAUGAAGAACUUCAAAAGGUCAAGAGGAAAUGUCUUGAUCUCUCCAAUGGACUGCUGGAAGAAAAAGAUAUCCUUGUCAUUCCAAUGGAUAUGACGGAUUUUCCUUCUCACCAAAAACAUUUCCAAGAAGCUGUCGCGCAUUUUGGCACUGUGGACAUCCUAUUGAAUAAUGCAGGCCGUUCACAGAGGGCGAUGUGGGACAAUAUAGAAUUGGCUGUCGAUAAACAAAUGUUCAAUUUGAACGUUUUUGGUGUGAUUAAUUUGACCAGAGUUGCACUGCAACAUUUCAAUAAAGUAGGUGCAGGACAUGUUGCAGUGACGUCUAGUUUGGCGGGAAUCAUAGGAGUGCCUUAUUCUUGUACAUAUACUGGAACAAAACACGCAAUUCACGGAUACUUCAAUGCUUUGAGAGUUGAAAAAAUGAAAAACAAUAUAGAUGUAACGCUCCUAUGCCCAGGACCAACAUUCACAAAUUUUCUGGCAGAGAGUUUUACUGAUAAAGAAGGACAAAAAUACAAUAACCCUACUCAGCCUACUGACAGACGAAUGACUGCUGAACGAUGUGGUUAUCUAACAGCUGUAGCUUUGGCCAAUAAAACAAACGAAUCAUGGAUGGCAGUAUUCCCCUUGAUUCCUUUAACAUAUAUUAUUGUUUACUUCCCUAUCAUCUAUAAUUGCGGACUAAAAGUUUUAGGACCAGAAACCAUGUUCAAACUGAGAGACAGCAAAAAGUUGGAUGAGAUCAAAAAGAAAUGACUAACUUGGUGUCUUCCUUCUACUGGUGUUGGGUUCUUACUACUGGUUUAGGGUUCCUUCUAUUGAUGUAGGGUUUCUUCUACUGUUGAAGGUAGAAUUCUCCAUGCCUUGUAGUAUUUAGUCAGCUAACAUUAAAAAUUGUAUGGGCGAUGAUCGAUCAAGCUUGAUUAUUAUCCGGAAAACAAACAAUAAACAAAUAUGUUUUAUCUAUUCCAA